AUGUCGGACACUCCUGGCCGUCCUAUGAAGUUUCCUUACACAAUUUCAGCUAAGAUUGCUCAGUUUCCCCUUAAAUAUUACCUGCAAAACCAAUGGAUUUGGCGUUACUGGUUCAUCGGAAUUGGAGUUGCUUUUCCAGUAUUCUACAAGAUCCACAAAAUGGCCAACUCGCCUGAAAACGUCAGCAAAUGGGCUGAAAUAAAAAGGAAGGAGGCCGCCGAGCACCACCAU